AUGGCGAACGCCGCGCCGCCCUCGGGCAUCCGGAACGACGUGCUGCUGCCGGAUGCGGUGAAAGAUUAUAUCAUUGAGCACAAGCUGGAAAAGGUGGUGACGACUGCGUUGAACCGGGUCAUUCUGCAGAUGCCUGAGGACCCCUACGCACGCCUGGCAGAGGAGCUCUCGAAGAGCAGUUUCUCGGUGCCGCGCUUCGCGCACUUGCGGCCGGACGCUUCCAGAGCCAGGAACCGUUUGACCUUCCAUGUGGUGGUCGCCAGCCAUGGUGUGAAUAUCCGAAUCCACAGCAUUACGAUGGGCGAGGCCAUCACCGUGGAGGAGGGCACCGAAGAGCGCUGGCUGGCCUUCCUUCAGGAUUUCUUCCAGAAGUCCUUUGGGAACCUCCAUGUGGACGAGUACAUCUCCUUGGAGGAGCACAUUGGCGACCUGACGGGCGCGCCUGGACCGCUGGAAGCGCCGAAGGUGGGGCUCUCGCUUUGCAACCAGCUGUUGCUCGCCGCUGCUGCUUCCACGAAUUUGGAUGUUCUGGCCUUCCUGCAGCAUUGUCUCAUAAAGGUGGGCUGCGAGCAGGUGUCGCCACCCUUGAGGAAGCCAGAAGAUGUGAGCGCAUGGCGCCACCGUUGGCCCUCCUUCGCGGUGCCUCUCUUCCACGGCGGCCAUGGGGGUCACCUGCCGAAGCUGCGCUGCGCGGCCGCGCUGCGCGCGCUGCCGGAGGAGGCGGAGCCGAGCUUGGGGAUGCUGGCGCAGCUGCUGGAGGCCUUGCAUACUGCCAAGGUGGAAGCAGUGAAAGGGCUGCAGGCGGAUAAGACCACUGCCUCGUUGGUGGUGGAGGGCGUGGCACAUGUGAUGCCCACGUUCCACCAGACCUUCCAGGCCAGUCAGGAGGAGCGACCAGCACAGCUAGAGCGACCAGCACCAUAG